GGAAUAGCGUCGCCGUUGCCAACCAGCAACGUUUGCGACUGGAACAUGGAAUUUGUCGUCUAACCAUGCUGAGCAAUAGAAAGCUUGCUCUUCAAGCUACCCAUUUUUCUUUUGGCAAUGAUGAAGUUUGUCACAGGUCUACUUACGCACAGGAUUAUAGUACACAACUUUCAUCAUAUCAACAAAAAUCUGUAUCUCCACCGUCUCCGGCAGAGGUAAUUCCACCUCAUAGAGACAUACAAUGGCGUUCAUCUAACCAACAAGAAUACAGUGUAUUUCCUUCUAUUAACGAGGACAUUUACCAUCGUACCUUGAAAGAUUACAACGACAUUCAGGUUUUCAGUACUAGAGGUGACGUCUGGCGGAAUCCUGAAAAACUCCCGCCUAUUAGUCGGACAACUAUAGAUUACGGAGAACCUCAUGUUCCAUGUACAAAUGUAACGUUUGAUUUGCUAAAGAAAAUACAAGUCCAUCAAAGAAAUGCUAAGGUAUAUAACAAUUACAGAUAUUUAGAAUCCGAAGCAAUGCAUGCUUUCCAAUGGCCUUCCCCUCAGAGACUGAGACCAGUGGCACUAUUUCAAUAUUGUAACGAAAGACAUAGAGCUAGAGUUUCAUAAUUAUUUUAUUUAUUUUGCCUAUGAAUACAAAUAUUAAUCUAUAA